GUUCUAUUCUGAAUAUGGAAAAUGCGAAAGGCAAGAAGUGUAAGUCCAAAAAGAAGUCAGGGGGGAAGAAAAUGACUUCCAAAUUCCAACCAGUAAAAGCUGAAGAGGAACAUCAGGCUGCUGGUGAAUCAAGUACAGAAAGAACCUCGGGGAAGGAAAACAAAUGGAAAAGGUCUAUGAAAGAUGACAAAGCUUCCUGCCCACAAGAGAUGGCACAAGACAAUGAGAGAGUCAGAAUUCGGAAGAAGACACCAAUUCCUCCGUUGCCCCUUAAAUUGCCACCAGUUGAUGUGCUUCACCGAGAUAUCAUGAGGGCUUGGUGCCAGCAGUUAAAGCUGAGCACCAAGGGCUUGAAAGUGGAAGCAUAUAAGAGGCGGUGUGAAUAUGCUUACCCUAAUCAAACGUAUACUCCUGUCUCCUCAAGGGAGACCAGGGUGUUGACAGAAUCAAAAAGGAAAUUGAAGAUGGAAAAGGAAGGAAUAACUCUAGAAAGUUUUGGUCUUCCUCAAGUGACUGCUCCCCCUGAGGAGGGGGUGCCUGGUCUUGGAGGGGCUACUGCUCUCCUUGAGGGAAUGGACAGUGCUGUUGUGACAACUUCCACUCCAGAAGCUGUGUUUGCCUCCUGGAGCAGAAUCGCAGCCAGUGCUGGGCAGAUGGAGACAUUGCAGUCACCACAAGAGGCCUCUGGUGUUAGGUGGUGUGUGGUCCAUGGGCGAAGUCUCCCUGCAGACACAGUAGUUUGGGUUAAGCUACAGUUUUAUGCUGGGCAAGCCUGAGUUCCUGAAAAAUGAGGGAAAGUGUGUGCACUCUUCUUGCUACCUGCCUGCAGCCUUCCACCCCUGCACCUGGAGGACAAUAUGUUGUGCCCCAAAUGUGUUCAUAGGAACAAGGUAUUAAUGAAGAGCCUCCAGUGAGAUUAUAAUGCCAAGAAAAA